CAAAGUAAAGUCACAUAAACUGACCCAACAAACUAAACAGGGUACAGGGAUCAAGAUUUGGUUUUGAGUUUGACUGUUCGCGAGAGUCAACGACGAGAUGGGUAUCAUCGGAGAUACCAUUAAUACCUUAAAGUCAAUGAAUCUCAGACAAGCCUUUGAACAGGCCAUCACUCUUGGUAUGAUUGUUUCGUCCGCACUAAUUAUAUGGAAGUUUCUGAUGUGUGUUACUGGUAGCGAGUCACCUGUUGUCGUUGUUCUUUCUGAAAGCAUGGAACCAGCAUUUCAAAGGGGAGAUAUUCUCUUCUUGCGAAUGGGUGAAGACCCUAUUCGGGCGGGUGAGAUUGUUGUGUUCAACAUUGAUCGGCGCGAGAUUCCAAUCGUUCAUCGUGUAAUUAAGGUUCAUGAACGGAAUGAUACAACAGAUGUAGAUAUCCUUACAAAAGGGGAUAAUAAUGAACUGGACGACCGAGUUCUAUACGCUCCAGGUCAGCAGUGGCUUCAGCGGCAGCAUAUAAUGGGUAGAGCCAUUGGGUUUUUACCUUAUGUUGGUUAUGUUACAAUUAUCAUGACUGAGAAUCCUAUUAUAAAGUAUGUUCUUAUAGGUGCUUUGGGUUUACUUGCGAUUACAUCCAAAGACUGAUAGCCAAGUCUCCUAAAUCAUAUUCUCUAUAGUCCGAUUAGCAAGUUUCUUCAUUGUCUGUAUUUGUGAACAGAUUCAGCCUUAAUAUCAGUGAAACUGAUGUUGUGUCCUUGCGAGUUUGGACAUUAUGUUAUAGCUUCACAAAUUUUCAGGUCAAGGGAACUAACAUACCCAUUUUCGGUUGCCACUGAAAAGGGAGUUUAUGAUAUAAUCAAGUAAUAGCUUAUUUCA